AUCGUCCUCUCCUCUCCUUGUGUGGGACAGGCAUGCCCUGCGUUAGGUCUGUCGCCGUGGCUGGGACAGUGCUGCGGUGAUUGCCGGGGAAGAUGCAGAGGUACACGGGCGCUGGCCACAAUGCUGGGUUUGGCGGCGGCGUGCCAGGCAGGGGGGUGGUGGCAGGAGGGAGGGAGAAGGGCAGGCCGGAGCCUUCAUCGUUCCAUGGUGCCAAUUACCCCCUGAACUCGAGGCGGCAACCACAGGUAGCUCCUUACAAGCUAAAGUGUGACAAGGAACCACUCAAUGCCAAGCUUGGUGCACCUGACUUCUAUCCCCAGACGUCCAACUGUCCAGAAGAGACCUUAACCAAAGAAUAUGUGCAAUCUGGGUACAAGGAUACAGUUGAAGGAAUUGAGGAAGCGAGAGAGAUUGUACUCAGUCACAUUCCAUACUUCUGCAAACAAAACAUUGCUAUGAAAUGCAAGGAGGCACUAAAGAAGCGGUUUAGAGCGAUCAAUGAAUCUCGUGCACAAAAGAGGAAGGCUGGCCAAGUUUAUGGGGUCCCUCUUUCUGGUUCAUUGCUGACAAAACCUGGGAUGUAUCCAGAGCAAAUGCAUAGCAAUGAAGACACACGCAGAAAAUGGAUUGAGGCCCUUUCACAACCAAACAGGCGUCUGUUGUCUUUAGCAGAACACAUUCCUCGUGGUUUUCGAAGGAAGUCGCUCUUUAAUUAUCUUAUCCGAUAUAAUGUCCCACUGUUAAGAGCAUCAUGGCUUGUGAAAGUUACUUACCUUAAUCAGGUCCAACUGCCAUCCGACGAUAUUUCAUCUGUUGGUCCUGACAAUUUGCGAGCUCAUCACUGGACAAAGGAUGUUGUUGAAUACUCGCAACAGCUCUUGGAUGAAUUAUGUUCUAAAAAUGGCUUUUCUGCACCUCCAUCUUCUCAAGAACAGUCAUUGCCUUACCUUAUUGCUGGAGACAACCUAACUAAAUUAAAAACUGGGGUAUCACCUGCUGGUGCAGAUUUUCAGGAGCCAUCGCUUUACUUUAAAUGGUCGUAUAUGGUCCGUAUUAUCCAAUGGCAUCUCAUGGAGCAAUUGCUUGUUCCGUCGUUACUCAUCGAAUGGGUAUUUAAUCAGCUCCAGGAGAGAGACUCAGCUAAGGUUUUAGAAUUUCUCUUGCCUAUUGUACUUGCUUUGGUUGACACGAUAACCCUAUCACAGACACAUAUCCACAUAUUGGUGGAAAUACUGAUUCAACGUAUCAGUGAUGCUUCUCCUGGCAGUUUAAGUGUUAAGAAUAACCCCAAACGUUCAUUUAUUACCCCUGCUCUUGUUGACUUACUGCAGCACUUGAUACUUGCUGUUCCCGAUGCAUUUGUUUCUUUGGAUUGCUUUCCACUUCCAUCAAUUGUGGCCCCUGAUGUAUACAGUAAAGGCGCUCUUCUGAAAAUAACAGGUGGUGGUAGGAUUGUUAGCUCUAGGAGACAGAAUGCAUCUCCACACUUCUCUUGUGGUUAUGCCAUUUGUUCAGUUCAAAGACGUGCAUCUGAUCUUUCUUCAGUUGCCAAUCCUAAUCUUCAAGUUCGUGGGUCAGCUAACAUAGUGCAAGCUUUGGACAAAGCACUUGUAACUGGAAACUUGAGAGCAGCAUAUACAUCAGUGUUCAAUUGUCUAUCUGAUACCCUGAUGGAAGAAACAUGGAUUAAAGAAGUCAGCCCUUGCUUGCUGUCUUCUCUGAUGUGGAUGGGAGCUGUAGAGUUAUCCCUUGUCUGCUCUGUGUUUUUCAUUUGUGAGUGGGCAACAUGUAAUUUUCGUGAUUGCCGUACAUCACAAUGCCAAAAUGUUAAAUUUUCAGGAAGCAAAGAUUUCUCUCAAGUAUAUAUGGCAAUCUCUCUAUUGAAGAAUAAAAUGGAUGAGAUAAGUAAUUUAUCUUCUUCUAAGAGCAGCAGUCAGCUUGCAAUGAACAAUCACCUUAAAAGUAGUACUCAGAAUCAUUCUUCUAUGAAGGUGACAGCAAUGCAGAAUGCUUCUGGAUUUAGAGACAAUACAAAUAGCAUUGAUGAGAAUAACAAAAAGGAUAUCUUCAGCAGUCCUGGUCCACUGCAUGACAUUAUUGUAUGCUGGUUGGAUCAACAUGAGAUUAGUGAUGCUUCUGAAUUCAAAAGUGUGGAUGUUUUCAUGAUGGAACUUAUUCGCAAUGGUAUAUUUUAUCCUCAGACAUACGUGAGACAAUUAAUUGUUAGUGGAAUCACCAAUUGGAAUGAUACCUUGUUUGGUCUGGAAAGGAAAACGAGGCAUUACAAAAUUUUGAAGCACCUACCAGGGUUUUGCUUAUUUGAUAUCCUUGAGGAUGCUAGGAUUGCUGAAGAUCAAGUCCUGUAUGAAAUCGUGUCAGCAUAUUCUAGUGAGCGUCGACUUGUGCUUUCUGAGCUUUCAAGUGGUCUGGAUGUAAAUGUUGAACGCAGGGUCCCUUUGAGCUCAUGCCUUCACAAACAGACUGAUCUUCAAAUGGAUUCAAGUGAUGAUAAUCAUGGCAGAGUGAUAGAUCAAGUAGAAGAGGCAAAACUUAUGAUAUCAGGUCUGUUGAAUUUGGGGUACUCUACUCUCCUGAUUGAAUCAGGAAGGGAAGAAGUCAAAAGAAACCAGAAAGGACAGACAGGCUUGAUUGACUCAGAAGAUGAUAGUUCAUAUGCAAAAACUGGCUGUAAGGAUAGUACUAGGACAAAGAGACAAAAGUUGGAUAAGAACAUGUUCCCUUUCCAAGGGUUCCCAUUGGUUCAAUCAGAUGAAGAAGAAUUUUGGUGGGUAAAGAAAGAGCAUAAGAACGACUUAUUUACUGUUGAAACAAUACAGCAGUCAGUUAAGCAAACAAAUGGAGUUAAGGCAACAGUAGUGCAGAAUACACAAAAUUUAGCACAACUUGCAGCUGCUAGAAUCGAUGCUAGCCAGGGGGCAUCUACUAGUCACAUGUGUGAUAACAAGCUGAGUUGUCCCCACCAUAAACCUGGCACUGAUUCUGACAUUCUCAAAGAUGUUGAUCAGAUGAGUAUGUUGACUCUAGCUGAAGUUGGGAAAUCACUUAAGAGACUUAGAUUGCUUGAAAGAAGAUCCAUUUCAAUUUGGCUGUUGAAGUCCAUAAAAGAACUCAUUGAAGGAGAUGAAACGAAACUUUCUAAGCCUAAUAACUCCAUAAGUGCCUUCACUGUGCAGCAUAGUGGUAAAAUUGCAUCCAGAUGGAGAUUUGGGGAAGAUGAUCUUCUGUCAGUUCUGUACAUAAUGGACACAUGUUGUGAUUUCCUCUCCUCUGUAAGGUUGCUUAUAUGGCUUCUAUCAAAGGUCCACCCUGAAAGGAGUACAUCUGGUCAAGCUGGAAGAGGUGUUAUGCAACCAAAACAUAAAGAAAACCAACUUUUCCAUUUACCCGAAGCUUUUCUGUUCUCAUCCUUGCUCAGAUAUGAGAAUAUUCUUCUUGCAACGGGUCUGUUGCCUGAGGUUUUGAGUGUUUCAAUGGAUGUUCAUAAGUCAGGUACAAGGCAGCCUACUUCAGUAACUUUUGCUUAUGCUCGAUAUUUCUUUAAAAAAUACAGAGAUGCGCCUACUGUCGCUAGGUGUGAAAAUAAUUUUAGGUCCAUAUCUGAUAAAAGAUUGCUUGCUGAACUGGAUAGUGGAAGAUCAAUCACUGGUGAUUCAAUUAUUUCUGGAAUUUCAGCAAGUGAAGAACUCGACAUGCAUGUCCAUCAAAAGCUGAAUAUAAAUGCAGGAGUACUUCCGAGUAUGAAAGAGAUAGUGCAACGGCAAACUGAGGAAGUUUUAUGCAACCUGAAGGAAAAGAAUACUACAGCACAAAAGAGCCCAUCUUAUUCUAAAAAGGAAGAUAGCUAUCAAACUGCUCAUGGUGUUGUUUUAGGGUUGGCAGACUGUAUCAGACAAAAUGGAGGAGCAAAUCCAGAUGGAGAUCAUUCUUUAGUUGUUUCUGCUGUUUCUGCAAUUGUUGGCAAUGCUGGAAAUGCAAUAGCUAAACACUUGGAUAUUUUAGGUAGUAACUAUCCAGGUGUUACCUCAAGUAAUUCAUCAAACUUGAUUCGACACACUUUGGAUGUCCACAUAAACUCUCUCUCCUUACUUAAAGAAACUUUGGGUGAGCGAUUUAGUAGAAUAUUUGAAAUAUCUCUCGCUGUUGAAGCUUCUUCAGCUGUUGCAGCAUCUUUUGCUCCUCCUAAGGCUCACCACAGUCAACAGUCUUCUGAGACCCAUGAUGCAUGUGGAAAUCAUGCAAAUGACGUUCCAGGCAAUCCAACAAAAGGUUUUAAUGUUAAGACUGAAAAAGUUGCUGCUGCUGUUUCUGCGCUAGUUGUUGGAGCUAUCAUUCAUGGGGUUGUAAGUCUAGAGAGGAUGGUGGUGGUCCUAAGAUUAAAGGAAGGUUUGGACAUUCUGCACUUCUUAAGAAUUUCCAAAGGCAGCUCAAAUGGUGUGACCCACUCGAUUGGAAAUUUCAAAACGGACAGUUCCACUGAAGUUUUGGUGCAUUGGUUUAAGAUUCUAAUAGGGAACUGUAAGACAGUUUAUAACGGAGUAAUUGCAGAGAUUCUUGGCGAUUCUUAUGUCCUUGCCUUUUCAAGGCUGCAACGGACGCUUCCAUUGGGUAUGGUCCUUCCUCCAGCUUAUUCAAUAUUUGCUAUGGUCCUUUGGCAACCAUAUUUAUAUGAAACCAAUACAUUGAAUCAUGAAGACAUUCAGCUUUAUCAAUCUCUAUUGGGUGUAGUUAGUGAUAUCACAAGACAUCAGCCUUUUCGAGAUGUCUGCUUCCGUAAUAUGCAUCUUUUCUAUGAUCUUCUGGCUGCCGAUGUUGGCGAUUUAGAGUUUGCUGCAAUCAUUGAACUCCGAAGCCCUGAUGAAUGUUUGAAAGCUCUUUCACCUCUUCGUGCCCGGCUUUUUCUGAAUGCUCUUCUUGAUUGUGAAAUACCGGUAACAAUGAGGGAUGAUGGUACGGAUGCUUUAGAGCCUGGUUGUGAAGAAGUUAGUACCAAGAAUGAUGUAAAGUUUCCAGAGAGGCUUCUAGAAAUUUUGAAUGUCCUACAGCCUGCAAAGUUCCAUUGGCAAUGGGUUGAGUUGAGGCUGCUUUUGGAUGAACAAUCUCUUAUUGAGAAACCAAAGACUAUGCCAUAUGUAAAAGCACUCCGGUCUCUAUCCCCUAAUGCUGAGAAUUUUACCCUCUCUGAAAGGGAAAAGGGGCUUACUGAAAUUAUUUUGUCUAGGUUACUUGUCAGACCUGAUGCUGCCCCUCUAUACUCAGAACUUAUUCACCUUCUUGGAAAGCUACAAGAGUCAUUCGUGAUGGGUAUCAAAUGGUUCUUACAAGGGCAAGAUGUUCUUUUGGGAAACAACUCUGUAAGACAGCAGCUUGUUAACUUGACUCAGCGCAAAGGAUUUCCAAUGAAGACGCAGUUUUGGAAACCAUGGGGAUGGUCAAAAUUAGUCAGAUAUGCCAAUGCUAAUAAAAGCUCCAAAAGGAAGUUAGAAGUUGCUUCGGUUGAGGAGAGAGAAGUUAAUGGCUUGAUUGAUUCUAGAAAGUCCAGUACUAGUAAUUCACAAAAUGUGGUUAGAAACCCAGAAGCACGUGGAUCUACUCAAAAAUAUUUAACUCAGGAAGCCCUUGCUGAGUUAGUGUUGCCAUGCAUAGACAGAAGUUCUACUGAGUUCCGCUUUGUAUUUGCUAGUGAUUUGAUCAAGCAUAUGGGUGUGAUCAGUGAGCAUAUUAAAGCAGCAGUGUGGAAUGGUAUUAAACUGACUAGUUCAAAUCAUUCAGGAAAUGAAGGUUUCAGCAAACCCAAUGGCCGCAAAGGAAUUUACAGCAGCAGUCCGAAUAUUGGGAAGCAUAGCCCUGUACCUAAUGAUUCAACUAUUCCUUCUGCAUCUGCUUUACGAUCAUCAAUAUGGUUGCGCCUGCAAUUCAUCAUUAGGCUACUUCCAGUAAUUAUCGCAGACAGUAACAUGAGGCAAACGCUAGCUUCCUCCAUAUUAAGCUUGGUUGGAACACGUGUGGUCUAUGAAGAUGCAGAUUCACUUGAACCUUACCUGGAUGUCCUCUUUGAUUGUCCAAGUGAAAGCCUAUUCGAUAGGCUUUUAUGUGUCCUGCAUGCUUUGCUUGGCAGUAGCCGACCAAGUUGGCUGAAGACCAAGCCAGGCUCCAAGCCAGCUGUUAAAUUCUCACGUGAUCUUUCUGAAAUUGAUAAAGAGGUUGUUAAGAGCUUGCAGUGUGCAUUAGAUUGCAUGGAAUUGCCAGCAACAAUCAGGCGGCGGAUUCAAGUGGCUAUGCCGAUUCUACCUAGUUCCCGCCUCUCCUCCAUAACUUGUUCUCCUCCUUUACUCUCCUCUGCUGCACUAUUACCAUUCCACUGCAGUACAUCUACUGCAGAGCCUCACCAGCAAUUUCCCCUAAGCUGGAUUCCUACCAAUCUCUCAAGCAGAUGCAAGGUAGAGUUGCCUUCACAGGAUCCUAACAUGGAGAUAGAUCCUUGGACCUUGCUGGAAGAUGGUACAAACUGUCCAAAUGCCAAUAGUGGCAGCAAUUCUACAAAUGGUGUUACCGGUGACCAUACUAAUCUGAAAGCUUGCAGCUGGCUCAAGGGUUCUGUAAGGGUGAGGAGGACCGACCUGACUUACAUUGGCUCUCUAGACGAAGACAGCUAACCUGCACAUUUAUCGCCUCACUCAUAAUUUUGUUACAAACCCUUAGGUUGUAAAUACAUAUGUGCAAUGCAUCGAGCAUUCUUCUGUACUUUAAAAACAUGGUGUGGAAGGUUGCUAUACCAUGUCCCAAUCAAAAUGGAUUCAAUUUAACCCUGGAGGGAUAGUUUUCUAGAUGUAAUUUAUUGGAAUUAUCUUCUUUGUUCAUAAGGGUUGCACUUAGUAGGCUGCAUUGCAAAGUAGCUCAAAAUUAGCUUUAUAACAUAGAUAAUGUAAUUAGUAGUUCUCCUUGGGGUGUGUACACUGGUUAGAUUUGGGUCUCCCAUAAUUCAAUGCCAAUAUGACUCAGGGUGGCCUCUUUUUUUCAUGUAUUCA